UAAAAGACUUAAAUUCGAAACCUCAACAUCGCGACAUUGCUACCUCUGAACAUUCGCUUCUAGAAAUAAACACCAUCGUUAAAAAGCGCGGCAGAAGUAAACUAAGUAAACGACGUAACGCUGCUGAUCGCCACUCAGUAACAGGUAAAUCAUUGUUACAUUCAGUAUCGGUAUUGUUAUUGGACACGUUUAAUUGGACUGGUUUACCAAAAUUCCAAAAUUCUGG